CACAGCCCAAAUUUUCCCUCUGAACUGCAUUGAGAGAGAGAACCAUACACUUCUACAGCCAUGACUGUCGCAUUGAAGAUGCUGUGCGUUCUGCUCUGUGCGGUGUUCGCCUCCGCUGAGGUCAUGCCCAUGACUGACUUCGACCUGGAAAAGAUGGGUGGAAAAUGGUAUCUCAUCGGCUUUGCUACAAAUGCAAAAUGGUUUGUCAGUCACAAGGCUGACAUGAAAAUGGGAACUGCCGUGCUGGUGGCUACCGAGGAUGGAGACCUUGACCUCAGUUACGCGAAUCUGAAGAGUGACGGUUCCUGCUGGAGGAUGUCGCACCUCGCCAAGAAAACCGAGACUCCAGGACGUUUUGUUUUCCACAGCCAGCGUUGGCAAAAUGACAAUGACAUGCGCGUGGUUGACGCCAAAUAUGACGAGUACGCGCUCGUUCACACCAUCAAGACCAAGGGAGAUGUGUCUGAGGUUCUCAACAAACUUUACAGUCGCACCACAGAAAUUACUGAUGACUUAAAGGAGAAAUUCAGGCAGUUUUCUUUGGACACCGGCAUCCUUGAGGAAAACAUUGCCAUACUGCCACAAAACGGAGAGUGCUCAGAUGCCUGAGGGUCUCUUAAAUCAAAUAAGGACAAAGACAACUUCAGCUGGACUGAUCAUUUCAUCUGAAAAGAGAUCUGAAUUUGCUGGCCUUAGUCUGCUGGGUUUUGGUCUUUUUCACUUUGUGCCUUAAACACAGUUAUGUUGUUCUCACAUGAGGACAAAUCAAUUUUGUAACUCCAGAGCUUUUUCAAAGGACAUCUCAAGCAGGGAGGGAGACAGAAUGGCAAAGCAUUACCUUAUCCAAACGAUGCAUUUUACUUUUCAGUUGGAACUCAUGUUUCUUUACUGUUAUGGCAAGCUUUUGAUGUUGGUCUUGUCACUAAUGCCACACAUUUUUUAUGAACAGUGCUUUCAUUUUUUUUUGUAUUUGUGGGUGGUUUGUUUACUGCUGUUGGAUUAAAUUGGUUUACAAAUGACAAA